AUGGCAACUCAAACUCAAGUUUUAAAACGUGGUGCCGUCCAACCGGCACGUCUUCAUGAUUAUCUGUAUGAUCCUACAUGUACAUUAUCAGGUGUUCGUGAUCAUGCUCGAGAAACAUUUGCAGCAAAAACGACUACAGAACAAUUGCAAGCUGUACCUGUCUAUGAACAUUUAUUCAGUGAUUUACGUCAAUAUCCUCGUUUUGCUUAUCGAAUUCAAUCUCGAGAUCCUGUUCCAGUACAUGUCAAUCGACAAUGGUUAGGACAAGCAGAUGCUCAUCGUGAACAAAUUGCUCUAUCUCGACUUUUUACGGGUAAUGAAGCAUUUGUUGUUCCACCACGAACAUAUGAACAUGUUGAUGUCGGAGGUCGUGAACGUGCAAAAUUCUUUCGUAAACCACUUGUACCUUUUAUGGAAAAUAUUCAACCACUAGUUGUACUUGAUACUGGUCGUUCGACAACAGGUACUUUUGGAGAAUCUGCAAUAAAACCUGUUCCAGGACAUCUGGUUAGUUCAACAAAAUCAGCUAUUCCAUCAGGACAACCAACAACAAAAACACAAGCUAUUCAAACUGAUUAUAUGGAACGUGAAGCUCAAACAGAUCCUUAUACACCUGAAUAUGUUGUUAAACCAGGUGAACAACCUGAAGUAUUAACAUUAGCUACUCUUAUGUAUAAGAAAGGUCUUCCAGCUGGUCUUGCAGAAGUAGAAAUGAUUGAACGUGCACGUGCUAAACGUCAAUGGGAAGCAAGUUUACCACCACUUGAUGAUCCUCAACAAUGGGAAAAACGAUUUAAAAUGAUGAGUGAUAUGGAAAGACAUGAAUGGCUUUUAAGAGAAAAUGAAAUUGAAAAAUUACAAAAUCUUCGUAUAGAAUUAUUAGAAAAAAUGUUGAAAGAUAAUGAAGCUAGUCGAUAUGAUACAUCAAUUGAACGUAUUAAUCGACAAUGGAGUAAAAAACAAAUUGAACGUGAAGAAUUUGUUAAAAAUAAUCGACUUCAUUAUUUACGAGCUAUUCGAGCUUUACUUCGAAAACGAUCACAAAUUGAAACAAAAUAUGUUAAAAAUGAUAUUAUUCGUUCAUAUACAAAAUAUGAUUCAACAGCUUAUGGUCCAUUAACACGAAAUGGUUAUUUUCCAGAUAAACUUACAGAUAAAUAUUUAGUUAAAAGUCGAUUUUUGGAUACAUAUACGGGUUUACUUGAACUUGAAUCAACAUUACCAUCAAAUGCAUUAAAAAUUCGACUUCCAGCACCGAAACGAAUUAGUUCAACUAAAGAUGGACAUCUUAAACGACAAUUUCGACGUGAAAGAGAUUUAAAUAAUAUUUUUAAGGUUAAAAUUUUUAUAAUAUUAUUGAUUCUAAUCUAUAGUUUAUAG